AUGCAGUGGAGUAUAGUUUAAGUAUAAAAUUACAAUAGAAGUACUGAAAUACAUUACUUAAAGUAAAGAGUAAAUGUGUCAUUUUUAUCUGCGUGUUUUUGGUUGUUAGUCCUGGAUCAAACCCGUAGAGGAAACGUCUGCUGUGAGGCUGCAGCCUCACCAAGUGAUGCUGAGAUCUUCAUCCCUAAAACAUGACAUCAUUCAGAAAGGCUAGUGUGUGUGUGGUGGGGGGUUUCAGCUGCGUUCAAGACUGCAAAUCACACACCGGCUGCAAGGCGUCUGUUACAACGGGCGUGGGCUGUGGGGUUUUGUAUGUUUUGAAUUUUUUACAUGAAGCUUUCGACAGCUGCGUGCAUUCUUCGGAGGACGGGGGUGUAUUCUUCACCUUGCGACUGCGUGUGAGCAUCAUCACCUGCCAGGAAGCGGCGAAGUACGGAUGAAGAAACAUUGGAUCGUCGUUUACUCACCCCACCCGGACAUUUGACACUCGAACGCACCCCUCGCAAUAGAUAGUUGCGACCAAAUGCAAUAAAACAAACAAACACACCACCAGCUCAUUGUUCUCCAGCUUCCACAAGGCUGGUGCCUCGGCUUUCAUUAGCUUCAUAUGGCUCUUACCAGCGGGACACAUUAAGGAGGAGAACAGUGAGCUCAUCACAGCCGGCUUAACUCAGAAAUGGCAGUAAGCACAUCGGAGCCGCUGUGUCAGCCGUGCGCUUACCACGAAGCCUUCAAAGGUAAGUGCCAGCAUAACUCACUCGUUUUUAUUCCAGCUGGAGUUUCAGCGUUAUGUCGAAAUCUUUCUCCUCGAAUGAAAUUUCAUCCGGAGAGGAGUGCGCCCCGCGGGAACGGGCUCCGUCUCGGCUCAACACACUGGCCACUCCCCUUCAGUCCCUAAUCUCCAUCCUUCCGUGGACCUGUGGUACAGAUGACAUGUGUUGUUACAAAGUAUGCGGUGGUGCCCCUGUGUGUUUGUGUUUAUUAAGGUGUAAAGGGAAAACGGGUGGGUGUGGGACUGGGGUGUCGGACGGGCCUACUGAUUUGCUUGCUGCUCUGUGGUCAGUGGAGCUACAGGUGAAGAGACCUCUGAUGCCAGUCCGGCUGAGUCCAGAACAGGUGGGCCUGGAGAUGUUGUGUCUCUGUGGGCAACUGGACCUCCUCAUCAGGGCACAGAUGCAGCAGUUCCAGGAGCAGUUAGGACAGGGCUGUAGCCCAGAGGAGUCAGACACUUUCCAGGCCCAAGGAUCAGAGAUUCUUGACCAGAUGCUGCAGUGCCUUGAACAUCUACCAAAGCCUAUGCCACAGCUGGAGGACUACCUGGAUAUGGUGGGUCUGUCAGCAAUGUUUCCUCGUGUAGAGGUGUUCCUCAUUCAAGGCAGCCCAGUGGACAUGCUGGAGAGGCCGCAAAUGGACGAAUACUUCUUCCACAUUGCCAAACUGAACCAGCUCCUGGUGCUGAGUCAACAGCUAGAAGAAGAUAUCAGGCACCUCGGAAGCCAUAAAUACAUCGCCCACCAGCUCUCGGUUAUAUAUCAAGUCAUCAGCUCUUUCAGAGGAAUUCAGGCUUUCUCUGAAAUAAAGAAAGAUAUCGAGGCCAACUUCAAACAGAUGAAACAGUGUCUAGUGGUGGAGGAAGGCUCCAGGCAUGAACCUCAGCUGGCCGCUCACUACAUCACCUGGAUAUUAGAACUAACUCAAAAAUUAACAUCAGUGGUGUUGUCACUGCCGGAGGAGCUGACAGAGGACAUUCACCAGGCCGUGACCUUCAUGUCACAGUUCUUGUCCUGACCCUCUCUGAUGUGUCCGUGGAUCCUGAUGUUCGGAUGCAACUGGUUUCUGCAGGAGUCUAUUGCUCCCUCCUGAAUGAACCGAUGUUGCUAUGACUGUGAAAAGGUGCUACUCUACUUAAUUCAGCUGACUGAUGGAGGAAAUGGCCAGUCAUUUAAAAAUCUUGUGGGAUUUUAUAUUUUCCUCCUGAAUGUGGCACGUGUCAGUUUGUAUGGUGAGUUGGAUGUUUGGAAUGUAAGCUUGGUGAAUCCCUUCUUGCACUACUGUUGUAACUACUGUUAGCUUUUUUUUAACCUAAAGUGUAAUAAUAAAAUUGAAGGCAAAA